CGACCCUCCUUUUCGCUUGUAACGCGUGUAAAUGUGUUGUAGAUCGGUUAAAUUCCAGGUACGCUGUCCUGUCCUCUGCAAAGCGCUGGAGAUUAAGUUUCCUUCUCACUGUGGGUCGGUUAAAGGAAAAAUAGACACCUGACUCAACACAAUGGCAGCGCUUGUCCUCCGGUCACUGUUAAACAACAAGGCUCCUCUGCAGCUUGGUCGCAUGUGCUACUCCUCUUCCUCGGUGCCGACGACCAAACUCUUCAUCGAUGGCAAGUUUGUUGAGUCCAACUCUUCUGAGUGGCUGGACAUCCACAACCCUGCCACUAACGAAGUGGUGGGACGCGUUCCCAAAGCCACUCAGGCGGAGAUGGUGGCCGCCGUGGAUUCCUGCUCCAGAGCUUUCCGCUCGUGGUCCGAGACGUCCGUCCUCAGCAGGCAGCAGAUCUUCCUGCGCUACCAGCAGCUUAUCAAGGACAACAUUAAAGAACUGGCAAAGCUAAUCACCUUGGAGCAGGGCAAAACGCUUGCCGACGCAGAGGGAGACGUGUUCAGAGGACUCCAGGUGGUAGAGCACGCCUGCAGCAUCACCUCCCUCAUGCUGGGCGAAACCCUCCCCUCCAUCACCAAGGACAUGGACACGUACACGUACCGCCUGCCCCUCGGCGUCUGCGCCGGCGUCGCCCCCUUCAACUUCCCCGCCAUGAUUCCUCUGUGGAUGUUCCCCGUCGGGAUGGUGUGCGGCAACACGUACUUGAUGAAGCCGUCCGAGCGCGUCCCAGGAUGCACCAUGCUCCUGGCCAAGCUGCUGCAGGACGCGGGCGCACCAGAUGGCACCUUGAACAUCAUCCAUGGGCAGCAUGCAGCUGUGAAUUUCAUCUGUGACCAUCCGGCCAUCAAAGCCAUCAGCUUUGUGGGAUCCAACCAAGCAGGAGAGUACAUCUACGAGCGCGGCUCCAAGAACGGAAAGAGGGUUCAGUCCAACAUGGGUGCCAAGAACCACGGUGUGGUGAUGCCUGACGCCAACAAAGAGAACACCAUCAACCAGCUGGUGGGGGCCGCUUUCGGAGCAGCCGGCCAGCGAUGCAUGGCUCUCUCCACUGCUAUCUUCGUUGGGGAGUCUCGUGACUGGCUCCCAGAGCUGGUGGAGCGCUCCAGAUCGCUGCACGUAAACGCAGGCGAUCAGCCCGGGGCCGACGUGGGGCCCCUGAUCUCCCCUGAAGCCAGAGCCAAGGUGGAGUAUUUGAUCCAGAGCGGCGUGGAUGAAGGCGCUAAGCUGCUGCUGGACGGGAGGAAUGUCCACGUCAAAGGAUACGAGAACGGAAACUUUGUCGGACCCACCAUCCUGAGCAACGUAAAGCCGGACAUGAAAUGCUACAAGGAGGAGAUCUUUGGGCCGGUGCUCAUAAUCCUGGAAGCCGACAGCUUGGACGAAGCCAUAUCUCUGAUCAACAGAAACCCUUAUGGCAACGGCACGGCCAUCUUUACCACCAACGGUGCCACGGCGCGCAAAUACACACACGAGGUGGAUGUGGGCCAGGUUGGGGUGAACGUACCUAUUCCCGUCCCUCUGCCCAUGUUCUCCUUCACCGGCUCUAGAAGUUCCUUCAGAGGAGACACAAACUUCUACGGCAAGCAGGGCAUUCAGUUCUUCACUCAGAUCAAGACUGUGACGUCUCAGUGGAAGGCAGAGGACGCCACGGUAACGAGCCCGGCUGUCACCAUGCCGACCAUGGGACGCUAAGCUAAAGAGACAGUUUAUACCUCACUGACUUCCUACCUGCUUUAACAAGAAGACCGAGUGGAGUUCAGGAAGCUAUUAUCGGUUACUUCUUUAUUUUUCUGCUUGGGAAAAUAAACCCCUUUAUUUUUUUAAAUGCAGAAUGUUUUAACUCAUAAAUUUGUUGAAAACCAACAAAUUACAGCUUUUUUUUUUCCUCGCAUGUGGUGCACCUACGCACAGGUGUAGGUUAUAUUCCUCACCUGUUUUCUUGCUCGUCCUGAACAGACCUCAGGGUUGGUCAGUUAGGCAAGGCCAGUCGGUUUUAUUAUAUUACCAAGAGACACAUUCUGGUUUUCAGCUGCAGAACAAGAAUCUUUGUGCAGGUUUGUGAGCAAAUAGUUCCAUUAAUCGGAUUUUAAAUGUGGAAAAAAACAACUGUUGCACACAAAACUGAUCUAAAUUGCAGUUUUACUUCAUUAAAACUAAAAGAAAAUCUUUUUUCUUUCUUUUACUGUAAGCGCUUGUAAGUGCACUAAAUAGUGUCUUGUGUUGUGGGGCUGGAUUUGCAUUACUGUCGGAUUCAGUUUGUAGCCUUAAUGGUGUUACGGUUAGAUUGGACUGUACUGCAUCUCAUGAACUUGAACCAUAAGAAUCUCAAUCAGCCAGUAUGAUAAAAUAUCUGAGAUGAAACUGUUAUUACUCAUGUUACAGUUUUUGAAAUUCCCUUAUGAGUUUGUGAGAGCAAACGGUGAUGGCACUGUGAGCUAUUGUAAUAAAAACAGUCAUUUGGGUGGAGUGAACAUUGA